UGGAAGGCAAUAAGGAAGAAGUAAGAAGAAGUUUGUUGGAAGAGGAAAGGCAACUGAAACAUAAUUUCGAGGAAGUGUUUUAGACAUUUUUCUAACUAUACAAGUCCACUCUCCCCAUUAAUAAAUUAGACUACUAAAUUUAUAUUGACUCAUUAAAUUAUUCAGGUAGUAACGACCAUCUCUCAAUUACUAUAAAUACAGCUUUCGUUAAGCCACAAUUAACCAUUACACCACUUCUCAUCCAACGCCCAAUCAACACAAUGGAAGGUACUACCUGGACUGCAACUGCAGUGUUUCUUGCUACUCUGUUUCUUUUGUUUCUCUCCAAAUUUCUUCGCAAGAGGAAACUCAACUUACCUCCAGGCCCAAAACCAUGGCCGAUCAUCGGAAAUUUAAACCUUAUGGGUUCCCUUCCUCACCGAUCCAUCCACGAUCUCUCCGUCAAGUACGGACCCAUUAUGCAACUACAAUUCGGGUCUUUUCCCGUCGUAGUUGGCUCCUCUGUAGAAAUGGCCAAAAUUUUCCUCAAAACCAUGGAUAUCAACUUUGUUGGCAGGCCUAAAACUGCUGCCGGAAAGUACACUACCUAUAAUUAUUCAGAUAUUACAUGGUCCCCGUACGGAUCCUAUUGGCGUCAGGCACGUAGAAUGUGCCUGAUGGAAUUGUUCAGCGCAAAACGGCUUGAUUCAUACGAGUACAUUCGGGCUGAGGAACUUCAUUCUAUUCUUCAUAAUUUGAACAAAUCAUCGGGGAAACCGAUUCUGCUGAAAGAUUAUUUGACGACUCUGAGUUUAAAUGUUAUUAGCAGAAUGGUAUUGGGAAAAAGUUACUUGGACGAAUCCGAUAACUCGAUUGUGACUCCUGAUGAAUUUAAAAAGAUGUUGGAUGAAUUGUUCUUACUUAAUGGAGUCCUUAAUAUUGGAGAUUCAAUUCCAUGGCUUGAUUUCAUGGACCUACAAGGUUAUGUUAAGAGGAUGAAAGUUGUAAGCAAGAAAUUUGACAAAUUUCUGGAGCAUGUACUUGAUGAGCAUAACAUGAGAAGGAACGCAGUGGAAAACUAUGUCGCUAAGGACAUGGUGGAUGUUCUAUUGCAGCUUGCUGAUGAUCCAACUCUGGAUGUUAAGCUGGAGAGACAUGGAGUCAAAGCAUUCACUCAGGACUUGUUGGCUGGUGGAACUGAGAGUUCAGCAGUGACAGUAGAAUGGGCAAUUUCAGAGUUGUUGAAGAAGCCAGAGAUUUUCAAAAAAGCUACCAACGAAUUGGAUCGAGUAAUAGGCCAAAACAGAUGGGUACAAGAAAAAGACAUCCCGAAUCUUCCUUACAUAGAGGCAAUUGCAAAAGAGACUAUGCGUCUGCACCCCGUGGCACCAAUGUUGGUGCCACGUGAGUGUCGGGAAGACUGCAAGGUAGCUGGCUACGAUGUUAAAAAAGGAACCAGGGUCCUGGUGAGUGUGUGGACUAUAGGAAGGGAUCCAACAUUGUGGGACGAGCCUGAGGCUUUCAAGCCUGACAGGUUCCUGGAGAAGUCCAUCGAUGUUAAAGGACACGAUUUUGAGCUUUUGCCAUUCGGAGCUGGGAGAAGGAUGUGCCCUGGAUACAGCUUGGGUCUUAAGGUGAUUCAAGCUAGUUUAGCUAAUCUUCUUCAUGGAUUUAACUGGUCAUUGCCUGAUAAUAUGACUCCUGAGGAACUCAACAUGGAAGAAAUCUUUGGGCUCUCAACACCCAAAAAGUUUCCACUUUCUGCUGUGAUUCAGCCAAGGCUUUCAUCAAAACUUUACUCUGUUUGAUUCAGCAUCUACUAUACUAUGGUUCCAUCGAAAUAGAGUUUCUUUAUCCAAAUACUUUAGCUAAAUAAACUCUAGCUAUAGUCCUAAUACUCUACUUUUAUUUCGCUUUUGCCCCUCAGUCACCUGGAUUUGCUUAUAUGUUUGUAUCACUCAGGAUGUGUUAAUCAAGGUUAAGAAAAAUGAAUCAAUUUCAAUAUUUCUGUAAUGUAAGAAUGUUUUUGGAAAGAUUUCACAUCAUGAGUUAACUCUUUUACUUUAGUUUUCAGAAAGUCAGUCAUACUACUUUAGUUCAUUAUGAUGAAAUGGAAUA